AUGGACGAAAAAUCCGCUGCUCCCGAAAAAAUUAACGAUGAAAUAUCACUAGAAACGCGAGAAAAAAUGAAUCGCCUGCGAAGCAAUACAUAUUUCGUCCGAUCGUGUAUUUUCUAUGAAUAUCGCCGAAAAACGCCAGUUUUCGAUGCGUUCCGAGCAUUCUGCAAUUGUUUUGGAGACGAUUUUAUGCAAUAUCGAGAAUUCGAUUUUCUAUAUCAUAGACUUGGCGAUGGAAGUCUGGAUUUGCGCAGUGAAGCUGGCUGGAACCCGGACGCGCUCUCAUUUUCCGACAUUCCUAUCGGCGUUAUUCACAGAAUUGUCGACGAUGUGCCACGAAUUGAUCGAUUAAUGCUUCGUAACGUGUCUCGAGGAUUGUGUGAUAUCAUUUCUGACCGAAAUCCAGGCUUUGAAAGUUAUAAAAUCACCCUUUAUAAGAAUAAAUUGGUCUUGGAGUAUGGACAUGAUCACGUGGAGUACUUGAAAUCGAAAAAAGACUGUUUCACACAAAGAUCGUGAAUCAACUAUCGAUCGCGUAUCUUACAUGGAAAUUGCACUGAAUGAUCUCAGCAAUGUUUUGAAGACUCCAAAGAUUUCGAUCAAAAAAUUUGAAAUCAAUGCGUAUGAAAGGGGUCUUAAAAACAAUCUCAAUCCUCAACUCAGUGCAAUUGAUAAAUCUCUGAAAACGCUGGAGCAAUUGAGUGUAGAAAACUUCAAUUUGUACAACGUCUCCUGUGGCUAUGCUCGUUCGAUUCUCCCGCUGCUCAAAUCUGGAAAACUCAAAACAAUCCAUAUAAGCUCCAAGUGUUCCUCGGCAAAUUGUUGCCUUGAUGACAUUAUCGAGAUGGAACAGUGGAAAGGUCUCAAAUCAGCUUACUUCCUCGGUGGCUGCAAGGUCUCGGCUUCAAUCGAGAAAUUCUUCAAUUUGGAUGACAUCUUUAUUCUCGUGAAAUCGUUGUCUGUUAGUGACACGAUCAAGAUUCGUGAUGAGCUUCUGCCAAGUCCAACCUUUCACUUUGCAAUGUUUCGUGGCGAUAUCCCAAAUUCAGUUGAAAUUGCGAAAGUUUUCAAUCCAGAGUAUUCGGGCGGUGUGGAGGGCACUUUCGAAUUUAAGGCAAACGAAUCCAAUUACGUCAUCAAGAUUUGCCCGGACUCAUUGCAGAUUGAUAAGAAACGUUAA